AUGCAUUCAAGGGUCCUCCCCCACGCCUAUGUUGGCUUGGGGCUGCCCUCAGAUACUAUCAAGAUCCAGCAGAUAGUCCCGAAUACAAUUAUAUCAUUGGGGAAAUACGGUUCUUUCCAGGCCAACCAAAUCAUCGGGCGACCUUACCAUCUCACAUUCGAGAUCGUUGAUCACCCAGACACAGACGAUAACCAUGCACUCCGCAUUGUGCCAGCCGCAGAGCUACACACCGAAUCGCUAUUAACAGAUGGCUCUCUGCCUAGAGAAAGUGAGGAUUUUGAGGGGAGUCGAGAACCCGAUGACACUGACCCUAGCUCCAUGCGCACCAAUCGGGAGACUGUGGACGACAACUCCAGUCAGUUAAUGACAAUGGAUGAGAUUGAGGUGUUGAAGAGAGAUACAACCGGGGCCGGCAGGGAAAUCAUCAACAAGCUGUUGGAAUCUCAUUCUGGCCUGGAUCAAAAAACAGAGUUUUCGCUGGCCAAAUACACGCUGAGGAAGAGGAAAAAGUAUCUCAAGCGAUUUUCAGUCCUCCCGCUGGAUGUCCCACUUCUCACCAACUGGAUGUUAAAACAGAAAGAUGCUGCUAAAAUCAUGGAACUAAGGGACGAGAUUGUUGGGCUUAUAGGAUGUUGGGCAAAUGUCCAUAAUGGCGGCGAUGCAUUUAUAAUGACAGACUCCACCAAGCUGCGUUCAGCUGGUCGCUGGCUAGUAGUCGAUGACACAGGAGGCCUGAUUGUGGCGGCCAUGGCAGAACGGAUGGGAAUCCUCUACCCUCCUGAGUCUGGAAUAGGAAGCUUCGCAGCCGGAGUUGAUUCGCGAGUUGAAGCCGGGAAAUAUAAAGGUUCUGCAUCCCAGCCAUGUGGGCUCUCAAGUCCGGAUGGCUCUGUACCGCUUGUCAACUGUCCACCUGGACAGGCUGACAUCUCUUCGUCGUCUUCUUCUUCUCGUCAUCGACAACCUACGCUAGGGAUGUCCUCCACCAACACUACCCUCACAAUGAUCCACGCCAACGCUCAGCCUAACCUGUCUCUUCUAAAGUAUUUUUCGUUUGAUGCUAGCGACCCAUCUCCCUCACACCCCCUCCACACCAACCUCAAGACAUUAUCCUGGCUGCAGCUUCUUGAGCCGCAUUCAGACCCCGUAUACAACAAUGAGCCUCCGGUUGUGUCGGAUGCAACCCUCUUAAGUUGGAAACCCAAUAAACGGGGUAUGUACUAUCGCAAGCGCCGGCGGUGGGCCAGAGUGCGCAACGUCGUUGGCGAAACCCGUUCAGGAGGAUUUGAUGGUCUGAUAGUUGCCAGUUUGAUGGAUCCUACAUCCAUAUUGAAACAUGCGGUACCGCUAUUAUCCGGCUCAGCACCUGUAGUAGUAUAUGCCCCUCACAUUGAACCGUUAUUGAGACUCGCGGAUUUUUACUCCACAGCGCGACGAACCGCUUAUAUGAACCUAAAGCGUGAGGCUUGGCAACGAAACCAAUGUCAUGGAUCCACAGCAUCACAAAAUGGAAAUCCUCGCAGUGCUGGAUUUUAUGAAGGAUGUGGAAUAGACACGGGGGAUGCCGAGAAGCCCUCUGCGGGUACCAACGAAGCCGAUUUUCCUGUUGACCCGACGCUUCUCUUAGCACCGACGAUUCAAACGUCACGUGUGAGGUUGUGGCAAGUGCUUCCAGGUCGGACACAUCCGCUCAUGACUGGCCGGGGGGGUGCAGAAGGAUAUGUUUUCCACGCCAUCCGGGCUUUACCAGCAUUGGGGAAAGUCGAAGCACGGGGCCAUCAAGGGCGGAAGAAGAGGAGAACAGAAAUGGGGACGCCGGACGAUUGA